AGACUGAGUUUUAUCGGAGAAAUCGAGACAUUAAUCCAUUAAGCGGUGAGGGGUUUACUAUGGGUGCCCUGUAUUGGCAGCUCAACGACAUAUGGCCGGCCCCGACGUGGGCUUCGCUAGAGUUUGGGGGCAAAUGGAAAAUGUCUCACUAUUUUAUGAGAAAUAUUUUUGACAAUUUAUUACUCGUUCCGUACGAAGAGAACGAGACAUUGAAAGUUGCGGUCAUUCGCGAUGAUUAUUCUGGAAGUUUAACAUUUAAUUUAUCGAUCAAAGUGUUGAAGUGGUCGUCACUCAACCCAACCCUCACCGCCUAUACUAUUGUCUCCACAGAAGGCUUUUCAUCAAAAAUAGUUUACGAAAACUCCAUCACAAAUGUCAUGAAUUCUGGCAAUUGUUUGGACAGAAGAGAGUGUUUAAUUGAAGUGAUCUACUUCGAGACUCAAAUGGCA